UAUAUAUAGUCUCUUCAGCGAAAGCUAGACGCUUCAGCUGCUGCUCGUUCACGUUUUAUUUUUCACUCGGAGCUUCGACCUUCCACAGCAACCGGCGGCGAAAAUGGUUUUCAAGAGGUACGUGGAGAUAGGGAGAGUGGCACUUGUGAACUACGGAAAGGAUCAUGGAAAGCUCGUUGUAAUCGUCGACGUCGUUGACCAGAACAGGGCAUUAGUAGACGCCCCUGAUAUGGAGAGGAUCCAGAUGAAUUUCAAGAGGUUGUCUCUUACAGAUAUCGUGAUUGAGAUCAACCGUGUGCCAAAGAAGAAGGCUUUAAUCGAGGCAAUGGAAAAGGCUGACGUGAAGAACAAGUGGGAGAAAAGCUCAUGGGGAAGGAAGCUUAUCGUGCAGAAGCGUAGGGCUAGCCUCAACGAUUUUGAUAGGUUCAAGAUCAUGUUGGCCAAAAUCAAGAAAGCUGGUCUUGUCAGGCAAGAGCUUGCAAAACUCAAAAAGGAGAUCACUGCCUGAUAAAAUUGAAUAUUAUCUGCAAGUCUGUUUUUUUUUAUUUUGGGUUGGUAAAUUAGUGUUUUUGCAAAUCUCAGCAUCAUUAUCUACUCAAUUAUCGGAUGUUACUUUUUAAGUUUGAAACCUUGUUUGGAAAACUCGAGUUGCUAUUUGAUCUUGCUCUCAUUUCUAGAGGUCCAUU